GAUUUCUGCGUCACUGAACCUGCUCCUCUCCAACCGAGACAACAAACUCCUCACCCCCUCCGACAAGGAAACUUCCUCCUACUCAGAUCGAGGCUUCCUAGAAAUGAGCUGCCAAUGAACCAACUCAAAAGUCAGCAGUCGUUCUUACUUGGCCUGGAGGUCUUCUAAAGGGUUAGACCUCCUCGCCACCAUGAAAGGGUUGGGGACCAGCCGCAACAGACACCUGUCUGACUCCUGUGAACCUUCAGCCGGGCAUACAGACACCCUCUACAAUCAGAGGACCAGCACCCUGCCGCGAAGCCCUUACCUGCUGAGCCCCACAAUGGACCACUAUGGCACCAUGGACCCUCAUCUCUAUCAGUCAGCAAAUACUGGCUCCCUUCCACCAGACUGCAUGCUGCCUCUUAACAACCAGCUGUCUAACAGCAGUACCUUCCCCCGGAUUGACUACAACUCCUACGACCAAUCUGACUUCUCCCCACCUGGGGACAGCAUCGGGGGGAUAAGUACAGGGACCAUGGGCACCUCCAUGUCCAUGGGCAUGGGAAUGGGCAUGGGAAUGGCAGGGCUGAGUGCACGAACACCCAUGAUUACAAGUGGCUCAGCAACUAUAUCACAUCAUAUGACCAAGAACCAGGGACCUCCCAAUCUGCUGGAGUUUGAUAAGCAGCUGGCUGGAGGCCGUGAUGGUUUCAGCACUUUACAGUUCCAUCGAACAUCUGCUGUUGCAGCAGCCAAGCAGCGCACAGACAGUCCUGGUCGCAUACGUUCAAUGGUACACUCGGUUCAGAAGCUCUUUGCAAAAUCUCAGUCUCUGGAGAGUCAACACAUGAAAGGCAAUGUCAAUGGACGUUCCACUGGCAGUGGUGGAGGCUCAUCUGGCACAGAAGAUGGAGCGAAGCAUAAUCGCAGAUCCAAAAGCAAAGACCGGGGUACAAAGUCAGAGGGGACUGCCAAACGACGGCCACGCUCCAACAUGUCAGGUUAUUGGAGCUCUGACGAUUUGGACAGCAGCGAUUUGAGCAGCUAUCAUAACACCAUGGCCAUGAUGACUCUGGGGCGUCCAACUGGCCAUGACAGCCAGGGAGGACAGAGCAGAUACAUCCACAGUGGCUUCAAUACUAUCAGCUCCUCCAAAAGUAGCAGUGAAAUGAAGUAUCCGUCACUUCCUGUGACUGUGGGUGGGGGAGGUGGUGGACUAGGUGGUACAGCAAGAAUGGUGAUAAAUGAUAAUGACUAUAUGAAAGGAGGGUCCUGGUCCACAUUGACCAUGGGCCAGCCAAGACCGGUGAUCCAGAAGGGUUCGGCUACUCUGGAUAGGUCAAUGCUCAAGUCCAAAUCCUGCCAACAGGAACUAACUUGCAACUACCUGCAGGUUGGACGAAGGGGUGAUUGGAGUAGCACAUUAGGCCGCAGCGGUGCUGCCAAUGAAAUUCCAUGUCGGCGAAUGCGCAGUGGUAGCUAUGUGAAGGCCAUGGGAGAUAUGGAAGACAGUGACGACUCAGAGGGAAGCCCCAAACCCUCGCCAAAAACUGCUGCUCGCCGACAGAGCUACCUCAGGGCUACGCAGCAUUCUCUGAGCGACCAGCUACCCCCACGCAACUGUCUUCCAUCUCUGCGAGAGCUCUCCAACAAUCGCAGCCUCGACAACCUUGACUGCAUCGGGGGUCCAGGCUCAUCUCUGCCACCCUGGGAUGAUGAUGAAUUCAGCCAGGCCUGCAGCACCCUGGGGAGACGUAGCUGCAUGGGUCAGUUACGGGACCUAGAUUUGAGUCAUAUUUACGAGGACCGCAGCUCCGAGUCCACAUACAGAGAUUCACGCUCCCACUCUCAGGACAACCCAGAGCCUCCAGACCUGCCCAUGCCGACAUGCUUCCGAUCCCGCAGCCACAGCUACCUGAGAGCCAUUCAAGCUGGCUGUUCCCAAGAUGACGACACAGGAUCAAUGGACUCAGGCUGCUCACCACCUCCCAUUGACCCCACUGUUCGCACCUACAGCACCAGCACUGUCUCCACAUGCAUAACCACCUGUAAGAAAGCUGCUCCUCCACCAGUGCCACCCCGCACAACCUCCAAACCCUACAUCUCUGUGACUGUACAGAGCAGCACAGAGUCAGCCCAGGACAACUACCUGGACCAACAGGACAGGAGGUCAGAGGUCAACAGCCAGUCGAGCCACGCCCACAGCAACUCCUCUGAUAGCCUUGACAGCACCCGUGCCAACAGCUUGGCCCGGGGUAUCCCUCGUCCACCACACAUCAUCCCCACUCCCAUUGCAAUCCCCAGAGAGCCAAUCCUCCCCACCACCUCCAACGCUUCCACUGAGACGUGUGACGCAGUCAUCCAGCAUGAAUCCCUGAGAUCAUUAACUCAUAAAGUGAAUCUAGUAGCAGAGGAGCCUCUUGUGGCACCAGUACCCAGGAGGAAGCUGUCCUCCAUUGGCAUACAGGUUGACUGUAUUCAGGAGGUUCCACGAGAGGAGACCCCACCACUGGCCAAAUUUCAGUCCAUAGGAGUACAGGUGGAGGACGGGUGGCAGAACAGUCGCUCCAGUAGCAUGGCCUCAAAACAAGAAACAGACUCAGACACACAGGACCUCCCUGCCAUCACCCAUAUCAAUAUCGCCAAACACCCCGAGAAGAAAGUUAUGGUCAAUAGUGGCAGCCAAUCCAUGAGCUCCCCUCCCGGACAAGACUCUUUAGACAAUGGUGACACCACCUCCUCACCUCCACCUCCCAGGCAGAUCCUCAACCGCUCCACUACACGAAGUAGCUCUUCCUCCUUCUCAGAAAGUCUGGACCCUGCACUUGACCCCUCAUCUCUGCCACCUCCAGACCCCUGGCUGGAGAGUGGGAACGGGAGUAAUAGCAGUAUUCCCCAGGGCGGAGGAGGGGGGACUCUGUGUAGGAGAGAUGGGCACUGGUUCCUGAAGCUGCUGCAGGCCGAGACUGGACGCAUGGAGGGCUGGUGUCAGCAGAUGGAGCAGGAGACCAAAGACAACCCGCUCUCAGAAGAGGUGCUGGGGAAGGUUCGCAGUGCAGUAGGAAGUGCCCAGCUCCUUAUAUCCAAGAAGUUCAAGCAGUUCCGGGGACUGUGUGAUCAAAACUUGAAUGUGAAUGCAAACCCGCGGCCCACAGACCAGGACCUUGCUGGUUUCUGGGACCUGCUGCAGCUCUCCAUCGAGGACAUCAGCCUCAAGUUCGACGAGCUCUACCACCUCAAGUCUAAUGACUGGCAGCCCAUACAGUCUGCGGCUGCCCAGUCGCCCCCUGAGCGGAAGGUACUUCCCACCCCUGCUGCCCAGUGCCCUGGCUGGGGACGAGGAGAAGGCAGACCCUCCAGCAACAAAGAAGCCCGGUAAGGGACGACCAUUGCUGAGCCGCGAGAAGAGUGCAGACUCUUCAUCCACCUCUUCUUCGGCCUCAGCAGAGAAGCAGAGACAAGAGGCUCGCAAGCGUCUGCUGGCUGCCAAAAAGGCAGCCUCGUUUCGCCAGAACUCCGCCACAGAGAGCGCAGACAGCAUCGAAAUCUACGUCCCUGAGGCCCAGACCCGCCUCUGAGAGAGACUGUGAGGGUGGGGAUAAGAUGUAGGGUUGGAUCAGAGGACAGAGAAGUGUCGCUGAAAUACUUGGAGAAGGAGAGGAAAACUUUUACAUUGCAAAUGAGCUACUUUGAGUAAAGAGGAAUAGAGGUGGGGGAGGAGAGAUCAAACUCCUUGAGAUAUGUGUUAGGGGGGGGUUGAUUUGGGCAUUUUUGACACGCUCGUACAGUGAUAGGCUGGUCCUGAUGGAAUCAAACAUUUAUUAGACAGAAAAUGAAAUUAGAACUUUCUUGGACUUGACAGACCAUGAAGCAGGAAGCUCCUCAUUCGAGGCUGCCAUUGAAAACCUCAGCAGAAGAACUUUGUCAUUUCUUGUUCCUACUCUUGACAUCAUAAAAUUGUUAAAGAAGGUAUUGUUACUAUGAUGAUUAUAUCCAGAAUAAUCUUUAUGAAGACUGUUUUAAAUGCUCCUCUCUCUUGGCUAUAAGAUGUAUUUAGAAGACAGAGGGCAAUCAUUAAUGCUCUUCUGUCACCCAUCAUACUCCUCUCUUCCCAGAUCAUUGGCCAUCUUGUAGCUUUGCACAACACCACCCUGUGGCCAUCGAACACACUGCACACACACACAUGAAACAGACUCAAACCUAUGUACGUCUUCCUCGUAUUAAUUUUUCAACUCUGUUCACCUUUUGUUUUGUAUAAAGAAAUCAAUUUAGAUCUGCUUAUAAAUAUUUUUAUGACAGUCAGAUUUGAAGGGGUAUUUAUAUAGAUCCUAGCGAUGAACUCUUAUGUGCGCGUCCUGCAGACUGUGAUCGUGUCAAAGAUUUUACACAGGUGAGAAGAAGUUUUUAAAUGGUUUUGAAUGAGAGCACAUUCCAAUAGAAAAGAUCACCGAGCAUGAGAACUAUAAGUGGCCACAAUAUUCCUGAACAUUCAUGUCUUUGCAGGGGGAGAUGCUGUCCACUCCUUUUUAGCCUCUUUUGCUUCUCUGUGUCCCGUUUGUUUUGUUUUACAUGUUAGUGUUGUAACUGCAGAUCUGUGAUUAUUUCAAUCAGGUUGUUUUUUUCUCCAUCAGUCUGUUUAAUGCUUCUGUAAGUGCUUUUAUUAACCUCACUUAUCAUUCAACUCACACAGUACAUUUCAGCUGAAUCUAGGGUUUUUAUUGAAGUAAUGCAUCUGGCAGACGAUGCUGGAUCAGUUAAUGUUGGAUACACAUAUGAACAUGUCAUUUUUAUACUGUCCUCAUAAAUCAACACAAUCAGUCUUAGUUUUUUUUUUUUGUUACCAUUCUUGUCCCCCUUUAUUGAACAUCAUCCAAAGUACCUGCACUUUUUUAUUCAAGGAAAAAAAUAUUUAAUUAAAAGCAUUACAUACAUUAGUGAUUGUGGUUUUCAUCAUUUCUUUAAUGCUUCCUGUCUUUUUCUUUUCAUGGAAGACUUCAUAAGCCAAAGAUGAACUCAUUGUUUCAGAUUCAUCUCAUGGAUAGGAAUAUCAGCAGCAGGGAACUCGGCAGUAAUAGUACUGUGAUCAUGGAUGGAGGGUAGCCAUAGCCCUGUUUGUAACACAGGUUCAAUAUUUUGAUAUGCACAGGCCUGGAAUUUAAACAGAGCAGCCCAUAAAUUCAACCAUACCCCUCCCCUUUUCUGACUUGGAAUGCCAAUGUUGAAAAGUUUCAUAUGUGACCACAAGAGGGCGACAUAGAUUAUUUUCCAAGCUAUGCUUCUUUGUAUUAACUGUGUACUCAGAAUAGAAAGGGAUUCUCACUAUAAGCCCUGCCCUGUUUUGCAUAAAGGAGUCACAUUGUGUAGACUACACAAAUGUAAAGACUCUUCUCUCAUUUAACACCAGUUCCUUAUACAAAGAGGUGUGACCUAGAGCCUCAGAAACACUGUUUAACUUCAUCCUAAAAGUCAACAUCAAAUCUUAAACCAGACCCUGACCUGAGUUACAAAAAAAUCUAGUCCUUCUCCCUUUCUUCCACUCACAUUUGGUUCCUUCUUGUGGUGAGCAAACAAACCCUGACCUCUGCUUCCUAAUUAGUUAUGUUAAGCAGCGUCACUGCACUGCUUUAGCUGCAGCAGUAUCUAACUCUCCCGCUGUGACCCCUCAAAAUGCAGCCUGGGUGCUUUGAAUUGGAAAAGCCUGAUGACCGCCAUUCUUUCUCUGUAUUGGCAUGAGCUUUCUCUUGAUGGUGGCCCUUUGUUUAACUGUUGUGUUUGCCUGUUUGGGGAUGACUUUGCAAGGAAAAUGGCUUAGGGGUGUCAAUAGCCUGUUCCUUGGUGGCUGUCAAUGCCCCUCUCCAUUUGACUGGCGUGGAUAGCUAUAGCACCUGAAGGCCUUUUGUGUGAUUCAAACACAGUCGUUACCUUGAUUUGAUUGCUGAGUGCCAGGAAAAAAGUUCUGUGACUAAAAGGCUUUUAUGAAAUGAGCCAUGUAGUUUCAAACUAGUUGUCUAAAGUCACCAUACCUAUAAGUAAACAUGUUAUUGGCUUAGAUAUUAUAUCUUUGCCGUUGAUUUAGUUUUUAAGACUUAAAAUGUUUUGGGGAAUUUGUUUGAAAGUGUGUAAAUGUUAGUCUUAAUGCAAUACAUUGCAACAAGACAGAAACAAUUCCCCAUAGUAUCCACUACAAGAUUGUUCCAAUGUUUAACUCAAAUUCAUCACAUAUCUUCCUCAGCAUUCAUCCCUUCAAACCCUUCAUCGCACAAAACUGUAGGUCUAUGCCUGCCACUAUGUGACAUCUGAAAUGCAGAGGAAAAGAGAAGCACUAACUGAGAAAGUGUCCCUAUGAUCUAACCAUCACUAACUGAAAGUUGUUGCUUCUGCAGCUUGCUAAAACCUGGUAGUUUAAACCUCAUACAGAGAUGUCAGUGACAAAGAGAGCUCAUCUCAUACAUCUAAGGACUUUUCUCCAAUACACACAGAUAUCACGGGGACACACCUAGGACUAUUUCCUGGGUAGGGUUGUCCAUGAUCCAAACAGCUGCACUGUGGGGGACCUUGUGCCUGUAAAGCCAUUGAUUGCAGGGUGAUAAUGGUGUGAUAGGACAGCCCUUUAAAGUCAAACUAUCAGCAUUUGCUGAGGCAUUGGUCUAUUUUCUUUAAUCCUUAGUUUUAGAACUGGUUUUUCAGCACCUGUAUCAGCUGCCCUUCAAUGUGCCUCAUCCUGACAUAAUAAGCAAUGAAGUUGGUGAAAUUAGUUUCCAACCAAAAAUGUGAAAAGGGAAUAGUUAUAAUAUUAAGCCACAGAAGAUUAACUGUACUUUGUAUUGUGUGUUUAAGGUCAGUGUUGUUCCAUCUGCUGUGAACCAGUGUGGCUCUCAUGUAUCAACUUUUUCAUGAAUGGAUUUGAAAUGACUACACAGUAUGAAGUAAAGCACUUAUUUUGUUUUGUUUUAUAUGUUUUCAACUUCAAUUUGAAUUCUUAGAAUGAAAGAAAGUUAAAGUCUAAAAGAGAAGCAUACAGAUAAACAGUUAUAUCCCUGGAAAUUAGUUUCUUCUGCUGAUAUAACAGUGAUCGACUCCAUAACGGUAGUCAGAAGGUCUGCUUGCAAAAUAAACUCAUUAGCAUCCCUGCUUUGUUCCACUGAAGGAGUGAGGGAGAGCUCUUACUAACAGAAAUAUGAAAUAAAGUGUAUAUUUUAUGGAGCAAGCACAUAUUUAAAAUAAUAGAAUAUCUAUCACAGUAAGUGUGUGUCUGUGUCAGGGUUUGUGGAGUUUAGAAUAAAAUGUAACUUUGUUUGAGACAAAGUUUGGAGUGACUGGGUGUGUUGUCAUGCAAUGAGAUUUAACUAGAUUUGUGUCACAUUUAAAUUAUAUGUGCAAUACUGAGACAAAGGGUUCUUUGAUAUUAAGAUUAAGCUAAUAAUCCUACAUUUCUUCUUGCCCAUGUGCUUCUUUAGAAUCGUCUACUGUAAAUAAAAAACAGACUGAAAGUCAUCAUCUUUUACAAUGCUGUAGAUCUAUUUAUACAAUUUAAAGGUUGUUCAGAUGUAUAAUGAAGAAAGAAAUACUCAAUAAAAUUCACAUAAUACUUUCUC